CAUGUGCAGAUCAAAGGGGAGGAGGGGAAGAGGGGGGGACGGCGCGGUUGACUUUACUCCUCCUCCCCAAAUCUCAGCAGCUGGCUCCCCACCUUGCAUUGGGAUCAGAGGCAUCAGGGCGAGGGUGGUGCAUGCAGGCUCGUGGUGCAGUGCCCCUGGCUCAUUGCAGGGCACAGAUUGUACCAUCUGCGCUGGCUCCCCUCCCCAUGCACUGCGGAGAAUCUUUGCACAGCAAUAGCAGCCAGAUAAUAACAAUAUUAUUAGAGCCUAGAAGCAAUAUAUUAUAGACACAUUAAAAAACCCCACCAUGUCGGUUGCCUUUGCUUCUGCUCGCCCGAGAGGCAAAGGGGAGGUCACCCAGCAAACUAUCCAGAAGAUGCUAGAUGAAAAUCACCACUUAAUACAGUGUAUUAUGGACUAUCAGAGCAAAGGCAAAACAGCAGAAUGUACUCAAUACCAACAAAUCUUGCACAGAAACCUGGUUUACUUGGCAACAAUAGCAGAUUCUAACCAGAAUAUGCAGUCCCUGCUUCCUGCACCACCAACGCAAAACAUGAAUUUGGGCCCAGGAGGAAUGACUCAGAGUGCAUCCAACCAAUCUCUCCAUUCACAGAGCAAUCUCAGUGAUGCAAUUGGGACAGGCCUUCCUCCUUCCUCCCUCAUGCAGAGUCAGAUUAGCAAUGGUCCUAAUCAUGUGUCUAUGCAGCAGUCAGGCCAGAAUACAAUGCCCACAACCUCUCUGAGUAUGACGGUGAGCAGCCAUGGAACUGGGCCUGGUUAUAGCCAUACAGUGCCUGCAUCUCAGAACGUGCCAAUGCAAGGCCAGGGGUCAAUAGGCAAUUACGUCUCUCGAACAAAUAUCAGCAUGCAGUCUAACCCAGUCUCCAUGAUGCACCAGCAAGCGGCAACAUCCCACUACAACUCGGCACAAGGAGGGAGCCAACAUUACCAAGGACAGUCCUCCAUUGCCAUGAUGAGUCAGAGCAAUCAAGGCAACAGCAUGAUGGGUCAGCGACCCAUGGGCCCUUACAGACCUUCUCAGCAAGGUUCCUCUCAACAGUACAUGGGGCAGGAGGAGUAUUACAGUGAACAGUACAGCCAUGGACAAGGCUCAUCAGAGCCCAUGAACCAGCAAUAUUAUCCAGAUGGUCAUGGUGAUUAUGCAUAUCAGCAGUCAUCCUAUACCGAGCAGAGCUAUGACAGGUCAUUUGAGGACUCCACACAGCAUUACUAUGAAGGAGGAAAUUCCCAGUAUAGCCAGCCACAGGCAGGAUACCAACAGGGAGCUGCGCAACAGCAAACAUAUUCACAGCAACAGUACCCAAAUCAGCAAAACUAUCCAGGACAACAACCUGGAUAUGGUCCCGCACAAGGAGCCUCUUCACAGUAUUCCAGCUACCAACAGGGACAGGGGCAGCAAUAUGGAAGUUACAGAGCUUCUCAGACAGGACCAUCUGCCCAACAACAGAGGCCUUAUGGCUAUGAGCAGGGUCAAUAUGGAAACUACCAGCAAUAAAGGGAGAAGCUCCUGUAUCUGAUUCAUUUCAAUAGUAUAUCCAUCUUUUGAACUGGAUGUACUGGCAGUUUUGAUUAAUUGUAAUAUGUUGGUUACCCCUUAGCACAAAGCAGCGUCUGUAUGUGAACAGUGUUCAUUUCAUGCUGGAUAUGAAGCAGUGCACUACUGGUAACAAGACAAUGCUUUAAUGGUUUGAUAUAUUUGGUGCUGUGUAUAGUAUGUAUGUUGAUACAAUGCAGAGGUUUGUUUUUUUUCCCAUUCUUGAUGUUUCUAAAUAGCUUAGGGGUCAUUUGAUCAGAGUUAUGAUGUGCCCAGAUCUGGGAAACAGCUAGGGUAUUCUGCAAUCCAGCUAAAUACAAAGAUCACUCAGUCACAGCUCUGCCCAGGCAGUUAUUCUAAUGUAGGUUAUGAACCUAUGUUUAACUGGAUACAUUGCAGUUUACCUGUUGUAUAUGAGAGCCUCUGAAAUCCAUGGCUCUCAAAUGUACUACUUUACGGUAUGGAGACGGGGGCAUUCUUUAUGUUGAAUCAAUUUCCACACUAUAAGACAAAAAUAAAAACAAUUGAAGUAAUAUUUCAUUUGCUGAGGACAUUAUGCUCAGCAAAUUUAUAUAGCUAAUUACCCAUGUCUUCUAAUGUAAUAUCUGCACAAUUCCACAUUUUUGUAGUAAAAGGUGAAGAGAUGAUCAAAACCUGUUUUCAAGGAAAUAUGAAUAUCCAGAAGCACCUUUUAUAGAUCCAUGAAAGUAUGGUUUAAGUAUGGUAUAUGUCAUGGGUAAAAGAAAUAAAAGAAAACUCUGGGAAUGAAUCUGUAAGUCUACUAGAAAUCAGUAUUGCUUCAUAUCAUGUUUAGCUGACAAAUAUGUGACCACAUUCCAUUCUUAAAUAUGCUACUCCAAAUUUUAUCACAACUUAUAAAUAUUCAUGCCAAAUUUCCCAGGUAGCCAGUUGUUUGCUCUUUAAUUUCUGGUUCUUCCAUUGCCCUACUAGUUCAGAUUUUCUAGCAAGCAUUAUAACUGUAAAUAAAAUCAGGUUAUCAAAUUGACUUUUUCUGCAGUUAUUCAUCGCUUUUGCUUUUCUCUAGUAGCUUGAUAGAAGUAAUUUAGAAUUGGUGUAAAAAAUCCAUCUUUGUUUCAAAGGAAAAAUCAGUAAUUCAGCUUUAACAAUGAACAUUCAUUAUGCAUAUGGAAAGGUGAUUGUUAAUGGGAUUCAACCAUUAAAGGAAAACCUAUAGAGGGAGAAUGAGAAAUAUAGGGACAGUGGUACUUAAAAGCCAACAUGAACAAUAAAAGUAAAAAGUAGUUUAUAUUCAGUUUUACAUUUUUUUAAAAAAUGGGAUUUUUACUGCUGAGUAAAAUAUGUCUAAAUUGUCUGUGACUAAAGGGUUAAAAUGGCUAAAAUUUAUUUAAUAUACAUUUUUUUAAAAAGUGAAAUAUUACCUUAAGGUUAACUGGAACUUUCAGAGUAUAGAGUUAAAUAUAUCUUCUGUGAGUUUUCUCCUUUUGAAGUGUUUAUUGGAUUAUAUUUUGAGUUGUGGAAUUUUUAUAUUCUGAAAACUAACACCACCCAGAAAAUUUAGAUAUCACGCUUCAGGUUUGGAUUUGUUUUUCCUGAAAAGGAAAAUCUUAAUACUUGAUAGCUAAAUGGUUUAUUAUUAAAUGUUGUUCAAGCUCUGCCCUUGCAGCAUUAACACUUCUAAUUGCUGAUCAGUGAAAUGGAGUUAGCAUUUUUAUUCAUUCUUUAUUUCUCUUUUCCUUCCUGCUGGUGUUUUCAUACAACUGAGUACUUUUAAAUAUCAGAUAAGGCACAGAAAAGAAGUAUGAGGGUUUGUUUUUUUUUAUCUAUGUUAAUGUUACAGAUAGCCAGGAGAAUGCAAUAUUGUUCCUUGCCAGCUUGGAAAUAUGCCUUUUAUGUGGUUUUUGAAAGUGCUAAUAUAAUCCUUUUGAGAGAAUAUGAACAACAUUUAAAAAAAAUUAAACAGCAACAUUACUUCUAUCUGAAAUGUCUUACAUUAAGAAUUUCUUGAAUGUUGUGUAUAUACUGUAUUUGAAAGAGCACUUUGGAAAUAGUUUGUACAUUUAUUUCCUAAUUUAUACAUGAUUUUUGGUGUUAAUAUUUCUAAUUGUUAAUAACAAAAUGUUUAUUUAAUGUGUUGUCCAUUUUUAUGUAUUAAUGUGGAAACAAAAAGUGAUGCCAGCAUUUUGACUUUUUUCAUUAAUUGUAUCAUUUUCUGUUUUGUAAUACAGAAUGCUUGAAACUGGUUUAGGUUAAAAUGAACUGAUUAUGAAGCCUAUUGAUGGUACUUUUCCUAUGAUGCAAAGACUUUUUAAAAAAGGACCAGUG